AUUGAUGUAGUGAAAGACCAGUUAUAUGGUUCAGACUAUAAAAGAGAAGAAGAUCCGAAAUGCUAUGUUUCGGCAAGUACUGGUCGGGGACCUUUGUCUGAUAAUUGGUUAGAAGAGUAUUCUCAGGAUUGUGUAAAUAAUUCUUCAAGUAAUAAGGCAAUUAUGUGUGCUUAUAAACUUUGUCGUGUUGAAUUUAAAUAUUGGGGAAUGCAAAGUAAAAUUGAAAAAUUUAUUCAUGAUAUUGCAUUAAGAAAGACUAUGCUCAGAGCUCAUCGCCAAGCAUGGGCCUGGCAAGAUGAAUGGAUAGAAUUAACCAUGGAUGAUAUUAGACAACUGGAAAAAGAGACUCAAGAAGCAUUAGCAAAGAAAAUGUGUACAACUGGUGAUAAAAUUAUUUUGGAAGAGGAGGGAAAUCUAAAUUGUAAUAUUGAAAAAAGUCCUUCAAAUAUUUCUGGUCAAGAAGUAGAUUGGAAUGCAAUUGAUAAAGAUAAUGAUCUGUGCAAAGAUUUAAGAACAGAUUUAACAAAAAAUAAUUCUUUAUCUAAACCAAAUCUUAAUGAGAUACUUGAUGGGACCGCAUCGGAUGGAAAACAAAAGUUGUGGUCAAGAAGCAGUUCUCGAACUGCUUUAUAUUCUCCAAAUGGUAAUUCCAUGGCUCAUUUUGAUGUACAAAUGGCUAAUUGGAGAAUGGAGAGUAUCGUAAGAGAUUCUGAAACAAGUUCAGAUGAAGAAUAUUUUGAUGCUGAAGAUAUUGAAAUAACAUCACUUCCAAGAUGGAGUUCCAUGGAACUUAUUCCAAAUGAAGAAGAAACUACUCCAGAAACUGCAGAAGUACAAGAAGAUAACAUAUUCACAGCAGCUCAUGCAAAAAGCGAAUUCAUUUUACAAGGAAGAUCAUCAAAAAUGUCUAUAGUUAGCUGUGGAGGAAGCAUAGACACAUCACUGCCUGCAACUCCAACUUCUUCUCCCGCACAUCGUUCAUGCCCCACUUCUGUUCUCAUCAUGGUUCUUCAUGGUGGAAGUAUUCUUGACACUGGCAUUGAUACCGUUGCUUCUAAAAAAUCUGACAUAACCACUUUUCGUGGUGCCUUCGAAAGUGUUGUUCGACAACAUUAUUCCAGUAUGAUAGGUCGUAUAUCUAUCUGCUUAGUUUUCUGUCCUUCCAUUUGCAGUGAGGCCUUAGCUGUACUAUCAAAUUUAUCACCAUAUAGUUUCCAAGCAUCUCCUUCAGCCAUUGAUGGUGUACAUUCUACUUAUGAUUCCAUCCCCCUUGGUGCACUCUUGUUGUUUGCAAUUUCUUCACCAGAAUAUCAAGAAUAUGUUUCACGUGUUAUUUGUGCAACAAAUCAAGUUUAUAAUGAUUUCUUACAUUCUGAAGAAGGCUAUGGAUUUGAUGGCCAAGUUGUUGUUAUUGGUGAUAGUGUGGGAUCAGUCCUUGCAUAUGAUGCCUUAUUACGUACCUCUCAGUUCAAUAGUCGUUACGGAAGUGAGAAUAGCAUUGCGGAAAUGGAACCGUCCUCCCAACAGUUAACACAGUCACAACCUCAGAGUCCUGGGAUUUUUCCACAUCCCAAUCCUCUCAUUUCUAUUAGCGAUGAAAAGUCAAUUGAAAAUGAAGACGUAUUAACAAGAUCUAUUGGAUCAAUGACAGCUGGACACAUUUACAGGAAAUCAUAUUCUCAUCCAUCUGAAUCAGAUUCUACAUUUCAUGAUUCAGUACAGUACAAUCGUUUAUUAUCUGCUCCUCCUUUGCGAAGAAGAAGCUCGGGCUCUAGUGAUCACAGUACUCAAAAUAAAUUUGAUUUUGAUGUCAGUGAUUUUUUUAUGUUUGGAUCUUCACUUGGAAUUGUAAUAGCAUACAGGAAAAUGCUUUCAUGUGAAGAUAAAAACUCUCCACCUCCAAAGCCAAGUUGUUUACAAGUCUAUAAUCUAUUCCAUCCAACUGACCCAAGUGCAGUUCGUGUAGAACCACUUUUGAGUGCUCGGUUUUCUCAGUUGUCGCCGGUCAAUAUCCCUCGAUAUCAGAAAUAUCCACUCGGAGAUGGACAACCAGUACACUUAGCGGAAUACAUCCAAACUUAUGCUCACGUCUUUAACGAAGGUGCUUCUCAAAAUAGUUAUCCUUCGAUGGGGAGAAGAUCAAGUGAAGCAAGUAUCACUAGUACUAUAUCUGGAAUGGCUGAUGUGUCUGCUGCUACUGUUACAUUAUUAAAUCAAAAAUGGUGGGGAACAAAACGAUUAGAUUAUGCAAUAUAUUGCCCAGAUGGUCUCUCUAACUUUCCAACAAAUGCUCUACCACAUUUAUUUCAUGCAAGUUAUUGGGAAUCUACUGAUGUUAUUGCUUUCAUUUUAAGACAGCUUGUCAGGGGAGAUAAUGUUUCUGUCCCCGACAGUGAAGGGAAAGAAACUUUAACUUUUACUCCUAGUCAACCUCGAGAAAAAUGGCUGAAGAAACGAACUUCUGUUAAAUUGAAAAAUAUGACUGCAAAUCAUAGGGCAAAUGAUGUAAUUGUAAAAGAGGGAACACCUCAAGUUUUAAGUUCACGUUUUGUAUAUGGACCAUUAGAUAUGGUUACUUUGGCUAAUGAAAAGGUUGAUAUUCACAUAAUGAAAGAUCAACACAAUGGGGAAUGGAUGUUGUUAAGUACAGAAAUUACUGAUAAAAACGGUCGUAUUACUUAUGUCAUACCACGAGAGAAAGCAGUCGGUUAUGGAAUGUUUCCAGUAAAAAUGGUUGUUCGAGGAGAUCACACGUCAGUCGAUUUCUUUCUCACUGUGGUGCCACCAAAGACUGAAUGUAUCGUCUUCAGUAUUGAUGGUUCUUUUACCGCCAGCAUGUCUGUUACUGGCAAAGAUCCUAAAGUCAGAGCGGGAGCUGUCGAUGUUGUACGACAUUGGCAAGAAUUAGGCUACUUGAUCAUAUAUAUUACCGGACGACCAGACAUGCAGCAGCAGAGGGUCAUGUCGUGGCUCUCUCAACACAAUUUUCCGCACGGACUCGUGUCAUUUGCCGAUGGACUGCUGACGGAUCCUCUGAGGCGUAAAGCUGAAUACUUACGCCAUUUGCAGAAAGAAGCCGAUAUCCUUGUCCAUGCAGCUUAUGGCUCCAGCAAAGAUAUUUGGGUUUAUACUUCCAUAGGAUUGAAACCAGAUAAAAUAUUCAUUGUUGGUAAAGUUUCUAAAAAACACCAUGCUCUAUCUACAGUACUGAGUGAUGGUUAUGCAGCUCAUCUAACUGACUUAAAAGCUCAUGGGGGAUCCAGGGCUGCCAAAGGUAAUGCCAGAAUGGUGCUACCCAGAGGAUAUUUCGGCAUGGGUAAUCAGAUGGGUGGAGGCCUGAGACACCGUCACUCUGCCAAAAGGACCACCUCCUAUCCCCUGUCAGCACAGAUUGGUGAAAGAACCAUUCCUCCAAAUAUCUCAAGUAAAAUCUGAUCACUUCAUUAGUUUCACUUUAUUCAUCAAAAGAAAAACUCGCUCAUUAGUAACAGGUAUCAUCUGCAUUAUAGUACAAUGAUCAUGGCCUGUGGUUAUCGAUAUAUACAUAUAUAAAAAAAGAUCAGGGUUUAUUUUAUAAAUUAACAACAACAAUAAUAAAAGCUUCCACCAUUUGUAAAAAUGAUUUUUCUAUUAAGAAAUUUCAUUUAAAAAAAAAUGCUAAUUCUUGAAACAUAUUUCCAAUGAGUUGUUAAUUAUUUGUUGCUGUGAAUUAAAAUAAUUGUUUGACAUGCAAUUAGUUAAAUUAGUUUUCAAACAUUAAAGAGUAAUCAUGCUCGAACACAAUUUUCCUAAUGUUGUAUAUGGAUAUUUGUAUAAAAAUUAUUUGUGCAUUCUACAAUUUUUAAACAAGCAUACACACACACCAUA